AGACUAAACAGAACAGACUUUAUUAACUGGAGCCUACCUGCAUAAGAGAGAUAUUUCACAGACCAUGACUGCUGUGAUUUUAUCUACAAGAGGCUUGCACUCUAUUUCAGAUCAUCUUCCUGAUAUAAGAGGGACUCCAAGAUAUUUAACAGGCAGCUUCCCUUCUUUAAACCGAAGGAAGUCUAGGAUCUGGUGCUUUAAAUGUGCAGGAACAGCCAAAAGAAAUUUUUCACUCUUUGUAGGAUUUGCACUAAGGUCUGAAAUUCUUUUGAAAGCCUCAAUAGUAUCUUGAAUUAUAGUAAGAGAUUGGAUGUUAGCACUUGAAAACAGCAUCAAAUCAUCUGCAAAACAGAGGCGAGUGAGUUUUAGAGUUUCACAUUCAGGAUGGAAUCUAAAUGCAGAGGAUCUUGCGAUAGCUGACUGUAACAUUCUCAAAAAGACUUCAAUUACCAAUACAAAUAAGUAAGGAGACAACAGAUCCCCUUGUCUUAGCCCUCUCCUCCCUUUGAAGUAUCCCACAAGGCUGCCAUUGAAAGCAAUAGAGAAUUUUGUGGUGAGAUUAGUUCAACACCAGCCAACUCAGUACCCUGCAUCAGAGGAGAUGAGUAUCGGGAAAAUCAAGUUUAAUGCUUUUGACUUGGGAGGACAUCAAAUAGCUCGUAGAGUGUGGAAAGACUUCUAUGCCAAGCUUGUCAUGUUAGAGUUAUGGUGUAGCACAAAAGGGUGUGAUCCUAGAUUUGAUGGUAGUCUAUGGAGAAGACAAGAAGACAGUUUAGAAACUGCAAGCUAAUGUGUGAGAGAGAGAGCAAUUAAGUAAACGCACGCAAUCGGUUGGACUUCUCAAAUCUGAAGAGUCAAGACUAUAGAAACGGCGCCUGGUAUAAUCUGAAAAAGAUAUUAUUAUUUAUUAAGCACUUUUUUUUUUUAUAAUCAAGAUAUUAUUAAGCACUAGAAGACUACAAGUAAUUAAAAAUGAUUGCCUCCUGUCCUCUACCCAAUCCAAGAGAACAUCUUAUUGGGCUUUUAUAUUUUAUAAGCCAUUGGGCUUGUUUGUAGGUGGUAAAGUAAGCAAACUAUUCUUUAAAAUUUUCAAUUACACUAAUCACCUGAUUAUAUUAAUCAUUGCAAGAAAGUCAAUGUUAUCUUAUCUAUAAACAUAAUACAUAACUAAAAGCAACUAAUAAGCGUCGCCUAUUUUGACUGAAAUGUCAAAAUCCAACUGUCAUUCAAUGUGGGUGUUGCUAAGUAAACUUUAAGUGGUUUCACCGUUUGAGGAUGGGACAAAUUGACAGUUUUUUGUUUAUUUUCCUCUCUUGACCCUGACACAUAGCUUAGUCGGUUCCACAAUUCCAGAUGUGGAAAUUGUGGACCAAUUGUACCUUAAAGGGACCCAAAACUCCCGAAUUAUUGCCUUAUAAGCACUCACAGACAAAGCAUACGCACACGCACACAUAACACCUAGGUUGUCUACUUCUCUCUGUCUCUGUCUCUGUCUCUCUCUCUGUCUCUCUCUCUCUUUCUGUCACUGAAACACACAACAGAGAAGAAAGGAAAGAAGGAAAUGGAUUUUAUCAACUGGGUUCAAGAGUCGAUGACUCGGGUCUCUCGUUUCUUCAUUUAUCAGCUGGGCGCCUUUAAUCCCUCUGAAACAAAUUCAAAGGAGGCCAAUAUCUUGUUCUUGGGCCAGGAUAUUGACUGCAAAGAGGCUGUGAUUUUUAGCCUCUCAGAUGAGAUCCAGAGCAUAUAUAGGAAAAGGACAAAUAUUAUGCGAUCUAUGUUUCCAUCUCAGUAUUUGACAUCAUGGGUGUCUAGUAUUGGGAAAAUCAAGUUUAACUUUUUUGAUUUAGGAGAACAUGGGAUAGCUCACAGAGUUUGGAGAGACCAUUGUGCCAAGAUGGAUGCAGUUGUGUACAUUGUGAAUGCUGAUGCUCUACUCAGGUGGCGAUUUCUGAGGCCAAGAGAAAAGCGGGAUGCUAUACUCAGGGAGCAUUUCCUGGGACCAAAAGAUGAGCUGAAUGCUUUACUCUCUGAUGAGGCCUUUGCAAAUGUUCCAUUCCUUAUUUUUGGUGUAACAUUUGCUAGAACUCGUCUUCACCUUGAAAGGAGAUUGUGUUCCUUCCUUGGCCUGCCCAACGUCACCGCAGAGCUGGCUGAUGCAAAUUCUCGUCCCCUUAAGGUUUUUGUGGCUAAAGAAUUACGCAAAGACCAAUAUCUAGAUGGUCCCCCUGAACAUUUUUUGGCUAAAGCAUCAUGCAAAUACCAGUAUCUAGAUGGCUUCAAGUGGCUUUCUCAAUACAUUAAAUAGUAGUAGAGGUGUAUCUUAUGUUUCAUACACAUACGUGUAACAUUAUUCUCACAAUGAGGUUGUAUUUUAUGGAUCUUAUAGGCAGUUUGAAUGAAUAUUUGGCAUCUUAUUUCAA